UUCCACUAAUUAAUAAUCAUAUAUAAAAACUAAACAAUGGUUUCAAAACAUAAUCAUAUCAUCUCGAUAUCAUUAGAUCAAUAUGACAACUAUAGGUGUGCAAGAAAUUCGUCCUCAAACUCUUUCUCCCACCUCCGAACCACCACCUUUUUUUGAUGGAACUACAAGGUUAUACAUGAGUUAUACAUGCCCAUUUGUCCAACGAGUAUGGAUCACUAGGAACCAUAAGGGACUACAAGACAAGAUCAAAUUGAUUCCUUUUGAUCUUCAGAACAAGCAUGUUUGGUACAAAGAGAAGGUCCACCCAGAAAAUAAGGUGCCAUGUCACAAACACAAUGGUAAGGUUAUAAGUGAAAGUAUUGACUGGAUCAAAUAUGUUGAUGCAAAUUUUGAAGAACCACCGUUAGUGCCUAAUGACCCACCCAAGAAGGAAUUUGAAGAGGAGUUAAUAAAGUAUGUUGAUACUUUUACCAAAGAUGUGUAUGGUUCGUUCAAGGGUGAUCCCAUGACACAAGCAAGUAAGAGAUUGUGUUUUUUGGGGUGCAUAGAUAAAAUGGUGGUUCAUUUGACUAUUUGGAGAAUGCUCUUGGCAAAUUUGAUGGUUCAUUCUUCCUUGGUGGAUUUAAUUCGGUAUUUGAAUCUCCAUGCACUAAAGAGCAAAAUGAAGAAAAGGAAGAAAAAGAAGAAGAAACACGUGGAAAAGCACGGAAAAACCAGAAAAGCAGAGUUUGCAGAUUUUGCUGAUGUGACGACCGUCACAGAUUCAUGACGCUCGUCACGACCCAGACUGUGACGACCGUCACAGACCCAUGACGAGCGUCACGCGGCCACAAUAUGCGCUUCGAAACAGUCAUCCACAAGCACCUAAACGUGCCUAAAUCUCCUCCAACAAACUUAUUCCCACGGAUUCCUCAUUCAAAACCAAGUCUCCCUUGAUUUUCUCAACCACCAAGACCUAAUGGACACUAUAUAAAGGACCAGAAUGGGAAAAAUUGAGAACGCCUUUUUUUACACUUACGCUCUGCAAUUUAGUUUUACAGCUUUCUAGCUUUUAGUAUUUUUCUUUUCAGCAACCUUAUUUCCGUUGCCUUAUUUUAUUCGUCAUUCUUUUUAGAAUUCCAUUUUUCCCUUUUCCUAUAGUUUUCCAGUUAGCCAUAGUAGUAGUUUCCUACACUGAGGAACUACUACACUCUAUUUAAUUUUAGUAGUAAUUUGUAUUGAAGAAGCAAAGUCUACCGACUUGUGGAGGAUUGCUCAAGUACUUUAAGAAUCGCUAUACUCUGUUACUUCGA